UACUUUCAGUACGUCAAGUUUGUCCAGUAGGUAGCCUGCCUAUCUCAGGUCGAGCGCCAUAUUGUCCCGCGCAGAGAAUUCGCAAUAAAAGUAUUUCUGGGGUGUUUAGCGUUUCCACUACCCCCUUAAAUGUCGCAGAGAAGCGUCGGGACUCUGUCCACCCAUAAUAAUGCAAUCUACGUUUCUCCCGCUGUGAUGCCCGGAUAUGGCGGCUAUGUGCCGACAGUGAGGUUCUCUUAUGGAGACACGUUUGGAAACGCCACCGCAAAACACUUUCAGGAUUACCGCUACGCAGCGAUGUCAACCAGCACGAGCCCUUACAGCCUGGGUUGCAUGUUUCCGUCAAUCUACUCAAACAACCCUGGGCUCGCGCCCGGUAGCGCGUGCCGCGGCCCGGACAGGCGUUCGUACUCCCCCUACUGGGCGAGCAAGAACGUGGGCUUCGACAGACAAGCCGAGUUCAAGCACUUUGACCAGCUCGCGCACCAACACAGGGAGCAUUACCUGGACACCACCGGGACCCGGCUGCCAGUACCUUAUUUUGUCACAGCACACGGCCAUGAGGAGCAGCGCGCAAAAGGCUAACCCAGGGAUACACAAUGAUUCCCCAUUUAAAAAAAAAAUACUAUAAAAAAAUAAAACUUAAACCUGGAACGAUUGCUGUACUGACUGUCAAUACAGCUUACUGUGUUUCGUCGGUUGGAGGCAUCCUAUGAACCCUAUAAACUGUCAUAUAGGCUACACACAUGUAACCUACCUAGUCAUAGCCGCUACAUGGUCGGGCAGCAACUAAUUAACGAGAUAAAAAGCAUCGUUCAGACUGUCAUCAGUGUUAGAAAUACCGUACACCUUCAUUCACAUCCUCGCGCUGAGAACGGUGUGUACUCGCUGGCUGCGUCUCGAGCCAAAUGCACUUAUCUUUGUUUCCAUAAAUAAACUGCCGUUUCUCCCAG